CAUUGUGUUCAACAUGGCGGCCCCCAUAGAUUUAGAGCUGAAGAAGGCUUUUGCAGAGCUCCAAGCAAAAAUGAUUGACACACAACAAAAGGCCAAACUGGCAGAUCUUCAGAUCGACCAGCUCACUCGCAUGAAGAAACACGCCAACCUUACGCACGCGGAAAUCAAAACCCUACCAGAAAACACCCGCAUGUACGAAGGAGUAGGACGCAUGUUUAUCUUGCAGUCUAAAGAAGAUAUUAACACACAGUUGACUGAAAAACAAAAGAGUGCAGAAGAGAAAAUCAAGGAGCUUGAGCAAAAGAAGACGUACCUGGAGCGCAGUGUGAAGGACGCCGAGGACAACAUCAGAGAAAUGCUCAUGUCCAGGAGGGCCCAGUGAGAUGAAGGCCCCAGCGCGACCUUUUGACCUUGUGGAACACUCCCCCUGACUGAAGCACAACCCGCCACAGGAACACUUGGAAAGGAACCAAGCUGGUCCCAGUGUCCAAAUUGUCUUUUUCUUUUUUGUGCUCCGCGUCUGAUCUAAAACAUCUGUCCUGUUAAGUUGUGAUGAACUAAGGCCCUCGGCCGGGCCCGUCGCCCGCGGGACGUUCCCUUUUCACUUGUCUGCUCGUUAUGUUUCUGCUGCUGUUGGCUGAGUCUGUAAUAAAGGGGGCCUUGAAGCG